AGGAGAGAGAAUGUAGUAGUACAUCCAGAGACCAGAGAGAGGCGGAAAGAAGCUGGCAUUCAGUCUCAGCGUCCAACAGGAUUAAGAAAAUGGUUCUGUCGGAGGCAAAUCAUGAGCCUGGAGUGACGAGCAGAAGAUGUGAGCUCCUAACAACAUUUGAGUGCUUGUGAACUAUGCCAUUUUCCCCCUGGCUUCUGAAACCACAGGCAGCCUUCAGGGCUCUGGACCAUGUUGUAUCCUGUGCUGCUGUGAAUAUGCCUGAAGAGGUGGCUUCUGUGUUCACCUGAAGAGUGUGCAGGGCCGCAGAGGAAACCCUUGCUGCUUACAUAGGCACAUCUCUAUAGAGUGAUGGGAGAGCUGAGAUCCAUAGAGGGGGCAUCUCAACUGGCCCAAAAUAUUUGGGUUGUCACUGGGUUCCAGAAAUGAUCUUUCUGUUGGGCCUCAGGGUGGCCUGUCCAUCCUCUAUGCCUUGUCACUAUGCAAGUUCACUUGUGUUCAUCUACCCACAGAGACUGCAAUGGAGCCCUCAUCCCACCCAACCCUCCACACCAAGAAGGAGGUGAAGAAGGAAAUGGAGAGGCUGACCAUGGAGCUGCAGCUUAAGACAGACCAAAGGAAUCAGCUGCGAGACUGUCUGCUCUUCAUCACGGAAGGGACCGUAGAUAAUAGGCCCUACCACCAGCCAAAUCCUUUCCAUCACAGACUGAGGAUGGAGCAUAAACAAGUCAUGAAGGAACUGAACACCUUGCAGAAUGAGAACACCGAGGCCUCAGAGAAGUUCAGUGAGAUGACCAAGGAGACACUCUUCUAUCGUGGUCUGCACAGCCGGCUCCUGAUGGAACAGAUUCAGCUGGAGAAGAAGGUGGGCAUGCUGAGGCAGGAGAACAAGAAACUGCUGGAGGAUUGGUUCCUGCUGAUGCACCAUUCCAAGGAGUUGAAAGUGAUCUGUAAGGACCAAGAGGAGGAGACCAGUGACCUCCAAACCCAGCAACGACAGGAGCUUCAAAGAUUGGAGGAAAGAGUUCAGUUCCGGCUGAAGCAGGAGGAUGUGGUCACCCAGGAAAAGGACUUGGCAGAAAAGCUGCAGCAUCACUUUGAAGGUUCCCAGAUGAGGUCCAGAAAACUUCAGCUGGAAGAGGCCACAGCCCAGGAUGAGGGCCCCUUGCAGAGGGAGGCUCUACAGCAAGAGCCACCUGCUGAGCCCAAUUCCCAGCAACCACUGAAAUCUGGGGAUGAAGUUUCUUCUUCAGAUUUGGUUUCCAUUGUGGAAUAGGCCUUGAUUAUGCCUAGCCAGUGACCCAGCAUGGAUGCCUUUUGGGUCUCGACUCUCUUUCCUUCUUAACAACACCUUUUGUGAGAACUAAGGAAGCCAAAGGAAGCCACAGACCACUAGAGAGCAUGGCAUUCACCACCCUUGGAUCUAGGCCUCCUCAGAAAAUGACACCCUUUGUAGCUGUGAACUCAGAAGGAGGGAAAAUCCCUUACCCUUGGGGAGAACAUGGCAUAUAAAGCCCCAAAGAGGAAUGGCCAUACUCCUCUUGAAAAUGCUGUUAUAAUUGGUGACUGUCUUCCUACCGUGUCUCCAAGGCCAGCCACAGGUGGUAGAUCUGUGCUGUUCAAUCUGCAGUGAGAGAAUGCUGCUUAUCUUAAUUUUUCUUUGAUUUUUUUUUUUUGCUUCAGUUUGGGCUUUAUUAAUUUGAUGUUAUUUGUUCUUGUUAUUUUCCGUAAUUUGCUAAGGCUAUUUACUAUUUAUAUUGACUGCCCUUUUAGAGCCCCUUUUGAGAAAAAAUAUAUUUUUUAUGAAUAAAAAAGCUAUUUUCAACUCUUCACACUUAA